AUGAUCUCUGCCACCGCCAUCGUCAAUGAACCCAUCGCCAUCGCCAUCGCCUCCCGCAACACUGCCCGCCAUCUACUCCUCAUCCACCCCUCUUCUCCCUGCCUGCUUGCCUCUUCGCCUGCGAGUCGCCGCCGCUUCCUUUACUGUGGCCGCCGCCGCCGUGUGGACGGCGACCCUCACCAUCCCUUGCUCUUUGCCCAGGAUAUGUUUCCCUCGAACCUCUGCGCGGUGGCACCGCUGCUUUUUCCAUUCCCCUUGCAACCACCACCCCCGUCGUCUACACCUCCAGCGACGCGCUUCUGCCACAACGCCUCUAAUCCUCUCGUUUAUGAGGAAGGACCCUUCAACACCGAACACACCAACAUUGGCUGUGCACCCUGGAGAAAACGGACCUCGCCGUGCUCUGUAUGCCUCAAACUAGAAACCCUGGACAGUCAGAUCGCCGAAACACGCGCAUUUCUGGAGCAUCUGGAAACCCACCGCGCUGCCUUGGAACCCAGCAUCAACAAUGCGCACGAUCCUUUCACGAGCUUACUUCCAACCGAAUUGGCGUCGCGGAUAUUUCGCUUCUGCAUGAACGAAGAAGAUUUGGAUUCAGAUCCUGGGCCUGAACCGUGGCCCCUUCACCGCGUCCCCUUCGUUCUUUCCGCGGUGACCAAGCGCUGGCAAGCCGUCGCAAGGCUGACUACCUCACUGUGGACCCACGUCUGUCUCCGCCUUGAUCCUAGUCAUACCUGGAGACUAAAGGAAGAGAUGCUGAAUGAAUGGCUUUCGCGCUCGUCCCCGCAUCCACUCACUGUCCAAUUAGAAAUUCUGUACUGCAAUUCCAAGGACCUUCGGUGGUGGGUCUUCUGUCGAUCCAUCAUCGUGACCCUCAGCAAACACUCCACGCGAUGGGGCGAUAUAUCGCUGAAGACUCCAGAUCAUCUCCUCCCUCUAUUCCGAGCGUACAGACCUGGUACGCCACACCUCCGCAGCCUCUCGAUUGCACGUGCAUUUCCCGACGAGGUUAGCGAUCCCGACAACGUGUUCGAUCUCAGAACUACCCUUCCAACUCCCCAAUCCAUUACUUUACUUGGGUGUCAACUCCGCAUUGCCCAUAUCGACUGGAACAAAGUCACUCAAGCCGAUAUCUCUGGCAUCACCGUGUACGAAUCUCUGAAGAUGGUGCGCUCCGCACCUGCAUUGCGCGAAUGCAUCCUGUACAACAUUGCAGAAGUAGGCAGUAUUCAUCGGCUCCACGGCGAAUACCUACUUCACACCGCUCUCACAACACUCGAUAUAAACAUCUCUAUCGAUCAAAUCUCUCUGUUCUUCGACCGCCUUACGACGCCGUCCUUGAAAAGUUUGCGUUUUGAAUGCUUUGGGCAAUCCCUGGACCCCGUGACGACCUUCCUCCAGCGUUCGUCGUGCCCACUCACCUCCCUCACUAUCUUACAUGGGGCGUGCAAGUUGAACCACAACCACGAGCUUAUUGAGGUUCUCGAAAUUGUUCCGACUCUCGAAACCCUGCACGUCUAUAAUGUCAAAACUUUCGACGAGUUCUUCGAGCUCCUGGAUCAACAGCAAUCUCGCAACAACAACGACGAUCAGCACACAUUCCUACCCUCACUUACUGACUUGUCUGUAAAUUGGCGGUAUGGGGCUCCGACGUUCUCGUGGUCUGCUGUUCACAAGGCCAUAGCCGCGAGGGUUUCUGCAGAACCGGGAAGGGAAGGACAAGGGAAGCCCAUGCGAAUAGAGCUGGAGCCGUACAUCAGUGAAGAUGAAGGUGGGUACUACAUUGAUGAAGAAAGCUUGGAAGGCUUCCAGCGCCUGAUCCACGAUGGCGUCGAAAUCACAAUACGCAAUAUGGCGGGGCACAUGGACGUCAUUGCGUAUUCGAAGAAGUACUACGCUGAUAGGAAGGCGUAG